AUGACCGGUCUGAAAUCCUACGACUACAUCAUUGUUGGGGCGGGAAUUGGUGGGCUGGUGCUCGCCUCCCGCCUUACCGAAGAUGCCAAUGUGAAGGUGCUUCUUAUCGAAGCCGGUGCCAACCGCAUGGGGGACCCUCGCAUUGAGACUCCCGGUUUCUUGGAGACCAUGUAUGGCAAUCCGGAUUUCGAUUGGGAUUACAUGAGUGAGCCGCAGGUGCAUGUCAACAACCGCCAAAUUGCGCAGCCACGUGGCCGUGUGGUUGGUGGCAGCUCCACCAUGAACUUCUCCGUGAUCAUGUAUCCCUCCGAGGCCAAUUUCGCCGCAUGGAAGUCGCUCGGCAACCAGGGUUGGGGGCCUGAAGAUAUGGCGCCUUACCUGCGCAAGUUCCACACCUACACUCCACCUUCUGAGGAGACUGCCGCUUUUCUCUCUCUGGAUAAGUACAUGAAGCAGGAGAACCAAGGCAAAGACGGCCCGGUCCCUGUCACCUUGCCUAAUGUAUAUGGUCCCUUCAACCAGGCCUGGGAUGAAACCUUCGGCAACCUGGGAUGGCGAACCGAUGCAGAUCCCAUCUCGGGCCGCAAAAUCGGUGCAUUCACUUCUCCCUUGUCUGUCGAUGGGGCCACCGGCCGUCGCGGUUACGCUGGUGCCUACUACUCGCCGAAGGUGGCAGAGCGACCGAACCUGGAUCUGCUGGUCGAGACCAUGGUGGAACGAGUCUUAUUGACCAAGGAUGCCGAUGGUCUCGCCACUGCGACCGGUGUGCAAGUGAAGACCAAAGGCGAACACAGUCGCGAGAUCGUGGCAAAUCGCGAGGUGAUCAUUUGCGCAGGCAGUCUUAACUCGCCUCAGAUUCUCGAACUGUCUGGUAUUGGAAAACGCGACCUCCUGGAGAAGCACAACAUUCCCAUCAUCGUCGACCGGCCCGGUGUUGGUGAAAACCUCCAGGAUCACUGCCUAGCAGCUGUCAGCUUCGAAGUUGCGGAUGGACAAAUCUCGGGAGAUAUUACGCGUGAUCCCAAUGUUGUGCAGUCACUGAUUAAGCUCUACGAAGAGACGCACUCCGGCCCUCUUGCGGGAAUGCCUGUUAGCAUGGCGUAUCUUCCCCUGAUGGACCAUGACGGCCAAUUAUCAAGCGAGAAGGUGGAAGAGCUCCUGACCAAGCAUCUCGAUCAGCACUUGCAGGAUGCGUCAUCUUCCCAGCAGCAGCAAUACGCUCUCCAACGCAAGCUUCUCCAAGAAGGCCGCAACGCCUCGGCACAAUACAUGUUCCUCCCCAUUCAAGUGCACAUGAACCCAGGCAAAACCACAAUGUCGGACGUCCUUGCCAAAACCCUUCCCGGAAACUACAUCACCAUCUUGGUCCUGCAUAACCACCCCUUCUCCCGCGGGUCCGUGCACAUCCGUUCCGCCAAUGCGGACGACAAGCCCAUCUACGACCCCAACUACCUGUCCCACCCACUUGACAUUGAAAUUCUUGCCCGGCACGUCCAAUACCUCGACCAGAUCGCCGCCACCGAGCCGUUCUCAGGUCUCUUGAAGCCCGGUUCCCGACUUCCCGAACGGGCUAUCGACUUGAAUGAUCUCGAGAAGACCAAGGAGAUCGUCAAGGAGCGUCUUUUCACUUGCUUCCACCCGGCAGGAUCUUGCGCUAUGAUGCCUGCCGAGAUGGGCGGUGUGGUGGACUCCAGGCUGAAGGUUCACGGCACCCGAAACCUGCGCGUCGUGGAUGCCAGUGUCUUCCCCUUGGAGCCGGCUGGCAAUAUCCAGGCUACUACUUAUGCCAUGGCGGAGCGGGCGGCCGAUCUGAUUCGUGGGCUUUGA